UCCCCACUUCAGUGAUUCUAUUUAGUUCAGUUCGCUCGCUCCAGUCGCCAAAGCGCCUUCCUUGUUCAGUCCUACUUCCACUGACCACCUUGAGCUGCCAUUUCUCUCGCAAAUCUCACCUCCCGACCCUCUCGCGAUUCUUCUUCGUCAUCAUCUCCGCCGGCGCCGCCGUCGUCAUGGCCUUCAAUUCCUGGCUCAGCCGCUUGCGCGCCUCUUCUUCCAGGGCCAUCCUCGACGUUUUCCGCGGCCGCGCGCGUUCCCAGCGCCGUCAUUCCUCUCCGGCGCAGGGGGCGCUCGCGGCUACCGCUGCCGUGUCUGGCGGAAGCGACGACCGUCGGUUCUGGCUGUGGUCGAGCGCCUUGGUCCCGCUCGCGGUGGCCGCAUCGGCCGGAUCGCUCGCUCUUCGGUCUUCUCCGGAGCCGUCUCUCUGCGGAGCUCCCGUUGUGGAUGCUGGGUACGGAGUUUUCUCCUCGAUGUGCGUUUCGGUAGGUGUCAAGGUCGGGGGCAAAGGCAGCACGGCAUAUCUGGUGAAAGGCUCUCACAAGGAGGUUCCACAAGAGCUCAUUGAUGAACUUGUGGCUAUCUGUGGGGAAAACGUGACAAUGGAUUAUGAUGAGAGGUCUUUCCAUGGAACGCCCCAAAACAGUUUUCACAAAGCAGUGAAUAUUCCUGAUGUGGUUGUCUUUCCCAGGUCCGAGGAGGAAGUCUCUAAGAUAGUCAAAUCUUGCAACGAACACAAGGUACCCAUUGUGCCAUAUGGUGGAGCUACAUCAAUUGAAGGUCACACAUUAUCUCCCAAUGGAGGUGUUUGCAUUGAUAUGACACUGAUGAAAAGGGUCAAAGCAUUGCAUGUUGAGGACAUGGAUGUGGUUGUUGAGCCUGGCAUUGGUUGGAUGGAGCUUAAUGAGUAUUUGGAACCUUAUGGCUUAUUCUUUCCUCUUGAUCCAGGUCCUGGCGCUACUAUUGGCGGUAUGUGUGCUACUCGUUGCUCGGGUUCUCUGGCUUUGUUAGCAUGUAGGUAUGGAACUAUGCGCGACAAUGUUAUCAGCCUUAAGGUAGUUCUGGCCAAUGGAGAUGUAGUAAAGACUGCCUCUAGGGCUCGAAAGAGUGCUGCAGGGUAUGAUUUGACCCGCCUGAUCAUUGGAAGUGAAGGAACUUUGGGUGUGAUAACAGAAGUUACCCUACGACUUCAGAAACUUCCACAGCAUUCAGUGGUUGCAAUGUGCAACUUUCCCUCGGUGAAAGAUGCAGCAGACGUUGCUAUUGCCGCUAUGCACUCGGGUAUACAGGUAUCAAGGGUUGAGUUGUUGGAUGAGGUCCAAAUGAAGGCUGUUAAUCUUGCUAAUGGAAAGAAUUUGCCUGAACAACCUACAUUGAUGUUUGAAUUUAUUGGCACAGAGGCUUAUUCACUCGAGCAAACAACUAUGGUUCAGAAGAUUGUUUCAGAGCACAAUGGCUCGGACUUUGUUUUUGCAAAGGAUCCUGAAGCCAAGAAGGAACUUUGGAAGAUAAGAAAGGAAGCUCUAUGGGCUUGCUUUGCUAUGGAACCCACUUCCGAGGCUAUGAUUACGGAUGUUUGCGUUCCUUUGUCACACCUUGCCAAACUAAUAGCAAGGUCCAAACAAGCGCUGGAUGCAUCACGACUCACGUGCACUGUAGUUGCUCAUGCCGGUGAUGGGAACUUCCAUACGGUUAUUUUGUUUGACCCUAGUAAAGAUGAUCAGCGGCUGGAAGCACAGAGAUUGAACCAUCUCAUGGUCCACACAGCCUUGUCAAUGGAAGGGACAUGCACUGGUGAGCAUGGGGUUGGCACUGGGAAGAUGAAGUAUCUCGAAGAGGAACUCGGGAUGGAGGCUCUGAGGGCGAUGAAGAAAAUAAAACAAGCCGUGGAUCCAAACAACAUCAUGAACCCAGGAAAGCUCAUUCCUCCCCAUGUAUGCUUCUGAAAACUUUUUCAAAUAAGCAAAGUCUGUAUUGUUAAAGUAUUCGAGUUAUUGAUGUAUGCAUAGACGACCGAUGUAGUGUCGUUAUCGAUGAAAAUAAUAACUGCAUCCCGCUCUCCUCUUGUGA